GUUCAUAGUAUAGCAAUUGGAGGUGGAGGUUCACAUAUCUGAUAUUUAAGCUAGUUCAUCCCCCACCAAAAACAACGACAACAGACUGUCACGCAACGAAAAUGAGUGUUCUCCGGGGAGUAUCGAACCUCUUGGGCGUGCUAUACGUUACUGCAUGGUGUGUAUCUUUCUAUCCACCUCUUCUGCUGAAUUACAGAUUACAAUCAACGGAAGGGUUGUCGGUAGACUUCAUCUUUCUGAACAUGUUGGGUUACAUAUGUCUUGUGAGUUCGAUGUGUCUCAUGCUCUUCAACUCUGAAGUGCGCACCUUGUACUACGAACAACAUGGAUACGAGCCACUCUUAACAAAGAUUGACCUGGUCUACUCCGUACAUGGGAUCUUACUCACGUCGGUAUCCAUCUCUCAAUUGUUCUGUUGGGGGUUUAAAUCAAGACCAAUUGUCUUGAAGAGAAUGACAAAGGUUAUCAUUACAGUUGUGAUCUUAUCAAUCUUCGCAAUGUAUUCAAGUAUUGGAACUUCACGGAUCCAUUCGCUCAAGGAUUCAACAUCAGAGGAAAAAUUCACGCUGUUGAGCUUAGCAUUGUCACUGUCAUAUAUGAAGAUCAUCAUGAGCCUCAUCAAAUACUUCCCACAGCUAUUGCAUAACCAUAAGAGGAAAUCAGUGCUUGGAUUUAGCAUGUUGACAAUAUUCCUGGAUUGUACAGGUGGUACUCUUUCCAUUGCACAGUUAUUUCUAGAUGGUUACAUAGCGACGGGUAGACUCAGCUGGGAUAUGAUGAUUAGUAACGGUGGUAAAUUGUGGUUGAGCUUUGUCACUUUAUUCUUUGAUGGUUGUUUCAUCUACCAAUGGCUCAAAUUUGAAAAAUGGGCAUACAAAGAACAUGAAAAGAUAUCGGCAUGACACUAAAGAAAAUUGACUUAUAUAAUAUCGUCAUUUCCAAUGUGCAGUGUAGCAUUACUUGAUCCACUACGGUUGAGAAAUCCCUUCACUUUUGAAAAGAACCCCUCAGAUGUAGCUGAAGUCUCAGCGUUGUCAAAGUUCUCUGACUCUAGUAGAUCAUCCUUAGCUGUUGAUGAACUUUCAUUUGGUCGUGGAGUUGUAAUCAAUUCUGGAUAGGAUAAACCACUCAUGGCUGUACGUCCAAUUGAAUUUGCCCCGAGCUCCCUUUGGAUUAUACCCUUACCAUCAGCUAUUAAUGUAUCUUUCCUGGACUGAACACUUUCAUUAUGACCCUCUUCGUCAUCACUGUCAAAUGCAUCGAAGUAGUCAAACCACAAUUUUUUCUUAAUUUUAUCAAAGACGUUAAACGAUGCAAAUAGGAUUGGAAUGAUGAUG